CGUCGCACGAUGGGUUAAUAAACAGCUGCCGGUAUUACCCGUGUAGCCGCCCCUUCCGUCCGUCGCGAACCGAUUUCUACGACGCGAAGCGAUCGCGAGAGAGCCGCCGCAGCCCGCAGUGUAGUUUAGUCGUUAACUAAACCAAUGUCGGGCUCAGUUGCCGUCUGUUGUAUGUGGUUCUUGUGAUCGUGGCUGCUCGUCGUCGUCGUGUAGCCGAAUCGAAUCGAAUCUUCGUUGAUCAUUGAUCGUAGAUCAGCGCAAUUUUUUUUGAGAGUGUUUUUUUCACCCCUUUGGGUCGCGGUGCGGUGCUGUCGCGGUUCCAGUGUCGCGUGUUUUCGUUUUAUUUUGGUUUAGUUUGGUCGAGGAGAUUUUGUCGUAGGUAAUCAUGUUUAACGUUUUUGGUGACAUUUUACAUCGGGCUUAUGUGACCCAGCAUAAAAUCAUCAGCAUCGACAACGCGGUCGCCAAAUUGCACUACAGAUUGACCUUUUGGCUGCUGCUGGCCUGCACCUGUUUGGUGUGCAGUCGACAAUACAUCGGCGAACAUAUCAGAUGCAUUCACGAUAAAGGUGUCGCGCCUCACGUCGUCAAUACUUUCUGCUUCUUUACGUCAACGUACACGGUAAUCAACGACUACAACGUAUCCUUUGCUCAUCCCGGAGUCGCUCCUCAUACCGAUAAGGAGAAGAUCAUCAGGCACGCGUACUACCAAUGGGUGCCAUUCGUGCUAUUCGGGCAAGCUCUGCUAUUCUACUUACCUCAUUUGAUUUGGAAAAGCUACGAAGGUGGCACUAUUCGCAAUAUGGUCGACGGUCUGCAACGUAUCUAUCUGCGGUCGCCGGACGAUCAAGAUAGGCAGAUUUCCCGCGCGUACGUUUACAGCGUCAAAACGACGCAGAAAAUCGCCGCCGAUCUGCACAAACAGUUCCAGACCAUCAGCAGAUUCAGACUGAAUCGAUACUGGGCUCUGAUGCUGGUGUUUUGCGAAUGCCUGUACUUGUUUAACGUUAUGAUGCAGCUCAAAGCUAUGGACCGUUUCCUCGGUGGCAGUUUUAUCUCGUUGGGUAGACGUCUAUGGGCAGCCGAACCAGGUGAUAAUCCGUUCGAGCAAGUUUUCCCAAAGGUGACCAAAUGCGAUUUCCAUAAAUACGGUCCUUCCGGAUCGAUCCAAGUGCACGACGUUAUGUGCGUGAUGGCUUUGAACAUCGUCAACGAGAAGAUCUACGCUAUUUUAUGGUUCUGGUUCGCCGCCUUGGUGCCGAUCACUUUGCUAGGUUUGCUGUGGCGUUUGAUAUCGUUCGUGUUGCACAACAAAAGCGAAAGAUUUAAUCACUAUUUGCUGAAAGAGACUACCGGCACGAAACUGAAUCCGGUAGAUGUGGCCAUAAUUACCAGACAAGCUCGAUUCAGCGACUGGCUGCUGCUGUAUUAUUUAGGAUCGAAUAUGGACUCGCUCUUGUUUACGGAAUUACUUCAUAAUUUAGCCACCGACUUGGAAGAACACAGACAGUCGCCGGAUUUCGAAGAUGAAAAGAAACCAUUGAAAGCAGCCUAGUCAUGCUAUACGACGACGUGUACCUAUCUACAUUUUUUUCCAUAAAGGUAUCUAUCUCGGCCUGAUUUAUUUUUUUUUGUUGUUCUAUCGUGUGACGAUGGACGUUUCAUCGACCAUCAUGCCAGCUAACAUCUCUCGCAUGUUUUUCCAAUUUAUUUAUUUAUUUUUUAUACCUACUAUACAACAAUUACGAGUGUUUAAGUGAUUCCUAAGUCGUGUGAUAGUAUUUAGAUGCUCAUUGUUUACUGUAAUUUCUGUCUCUUAUUAGGUAGAUACUAGUUUAGAAGACGAAGACGAGGUCUAGGAGAUAUUAUUCUACGGUGUUUUUUUAUUCUUGUUGUGUGAUAAUAUUUUUUUUUGCGACGUGAAACGCCAGUCGCCAAUCGCGCCGCAUUUCAGUGAAGAUGUGUGAGACGAUAGGUUAUUUAUUAGAUGAGAAUUGAGAAUUCCUUUUCACCAUCACUACCACCAUCGUCCUGUGAGAUACUGAUAAUCGUCGUCGUCGUUAUAACGAGAGUAAAUUUGAAGGGUUUGAAGAAAUAUGUAGAAAACGACCAGCUUAUUGAUUUUUUUUCCUAUCCCACCGCGUCGCAGAUUGCAACAAGAACGAGGGAUGCACCCUCAAAAAAUACGAGAGAAGGGUGGCGAAGGGAUGUGCAUGAAAACCGAUUUCAUUUCGUCGUCGUCGUAGUUUUGGAAAUUAGCCGUCUUUUUCAGAGGGUAUCACGGUAGGCCUAUUCAUCCCUCGCCUUUGUUUGCAAGAUACCACCAAAUUUACUCGUACUUGCUCCUUAUUUAUAGGUUCACCUAGACCGUUUCGAAGAUUGCCAUUUGUGCAGGGUUACGUUUGGUCCUUUUGUCUAACGAGUGAUCCGGCUGGAUGGCAACACUGCCAUAUUUAUCGAUAGUUAAUGGAGUAAAAUAUAAACUAAGUAUGCUUUUUUUUUCUAUUCUGGAUAGUGUGAAGUGAGACUUCGAGACUUUGGCUACUGGAUCUUUGUGAAUGAUGAUCAAAACGUGUAAAAUGUGUGACUAUUCGAUGUUUUUUUUUUUUUGCAUGAAUGAGUGCGAAGGACAUUAACAAUAGAAUCCUGCAAGAAUGUCUACCCCAAAAUAGUCGUUAUUUCGACCCUACUCUUACUUUUCAAACUCCUGCAGGGAUUUUUGUUCGUUUUUUUUUCGACCUUGAAACAUUCUCGGACCACACCUAUGGAUUUUAUUUUUGAAAGAUGAGAUGAAUGUGCUUUAUUUUAGAACUUUCUUUUUACUUUUUCUGUUUUCCUCGCUGUAUAUCUGAUGGGAGUUUUUUUCACGAUGAUUGGUUCAACAUCAAGUAUCAUCGACUCCUGUUUCUCAGGUAUCCAUCGAUUAAAACAGGGCUACAUUAACUGUUUGCACUUUAGAGGGGAGGGGGCAUUUUUUGAAAAAAUCGUGGUUUUUUCACUCUUGUCGUUACUCAACCUGUUGUGGGACUUUUAGUACUCUACUAUGAGCAGUUGAAAAUUUGCGAAUCGCUUAUUUUUUGAUAAAUUCGAGUUUUGAAAAUUUUGUUUUUCUCCAAUAUUUGGCAUUUCUUGAGCCAAGACAUCGAAAUUCCAGAAACUGGAGAAAUUUUGGUACUCAUUGGUGCCAAUUUUUUGUCGUUAUUAAAAUUGUCAAAAAAUCGAAAAAAUUUCGUAAGUUUUUGACUAUUUUUCUAGAAUUUUCAGGCAUCGUAGCGGGUCACUUUUUUUUCACGAAAAGUCACUUUUGGUUACUUUUUUCAUCAAAAGGUCUCUAUUGGUUAUUUUUCGUCCAAAAAGGUCACUUUUUAUUGUUUUUUAUCAAAUUUAUCUUUUUUUCACUAAUUUUCAAAGGAUUUUUUGCAAAUUUUCUUCAUUAAACAAAUUUUAGAAUUUUAUAAAAAACACAAAUUUUUACUUUUCAAAUCAUCAUUUUUUGAAAGAUUUUUUUUCUUUUCUUUUUCAAAAUCAAGAUGAAAAUCUAUUUUUAAUUAAAAAUAAACGUACAAAAAAACAUUGUUUUUAUGCCUCUCGAAAUUCAAAAUAUAAAAUUUUAAAAGUCAAAAAAUGAAUUACCUACUCGUUUUCACAUAAAAAAACAAGGAUUUUCCUGGGGGGGGGCUGGGGAGAACAAAGUAAGGUUUUCAGGUGAGAUAUGUAUUGUGUCGGUUCGUACUUUUUACUUUUGUUUUUCGAUUUUUUGCUCUCUUGAACGCUGGAAUACAGAAAAAAUUGGUCACUUUUUUCACUAGUCUUUUUUUUUUUUUUUAGAAAAAUUGUGCUACUAUGCCUGGGAAUUUUUGAAAUGUGCAAUAGGUUGAGUAGCGUCAGGAAUCCGAAAACACGAUUUUUUCUUUUCUUUGAUAGCUCAGUUCUUCCCUUCAUGGGCACUUCCGGAACUAAAUUAUUUUCUGAGUGACUUUCAACUAAAAGUGAAGGUUUCUGAUUUGGUCAAAAUCUGAUUUUUUUUUUGGUUGGGUUGAAAAAUCUCCUCCUUCUGCCCCUCGCCUCCUCCCCUCAACCAUCGAAUUUCAAUAAACCAAAAGCUAUAGGAGUAUUCGAGUGGUCAUCAAUAUAGGUAUACUGAAUGAGACGUUUAGGAAAUUAGGAUGUGGAAAAAAAAAGGGAAGAUGAGAAACACACGUGUAACUAGAAAUAUAGGUAGUCGCAUGUAGUACGAUGAAAAGAUGCGGUAGCUACUCGUAUCGGCGUUGUUUUUAAAUUACCUACGCUGUUACGAGACUGCCAGCGUUAAACUGUGAAAGAUUUUUGGAGAGGUCACGAUUUUUACUGGAAGAAACGUUCUAGGUUGUUGCUACUGUUCAGCAGCAGAGCCACACGGCCGUCUAUUCGAAUGCUUCUUCUAUUCUUUCUUUAUAUACUUGGAGAAAGAAGACGAGCGAAGAACUCGAACAGUGGUGCGUGGCUGCUGCAGAGUGUGAGCUCUAACUCAACUUUUGAGGCGAAGAUGCAUGCGAGAGGACAAAUCGUGCCAAUAAUUGUAAACUUUCCAUUGUUAUGUGCGGCGUUUUAAUUGAUGAUACAAUUAAAAAGCCGGCUCUGGAUCGAUGGAUGUGGCUCUCCUCUCCGUGUUAAAGAUCACGAUUUAUUUUCCACUCGUCUCCGCCCCACCACCACCACUGCAGGUAUCCUCGACAACGUCGAAUUCUUGGCUCAUUCGUCAUCGAGUCUGCAGAGCACCACCGAUCGAAUAUACACGAAGAUUGGUAUCUGGCAGAGAGUUUUUAUAAAUCAGUCGCAUCUCGUAUAAAUUUUCAGACUUCUUACUUCCUAUGGACGGGACCAUGACGGGACGUCAUCUUGAUCAACUGGUAGAUCUUCUCUCUCUCUCUCUCGGCAACGUUACCCUCUUUGUGCAAAAAUCAAAUACCUGCGUGCGUUCUCGAAACGAAGAGCCGAAGAGGUUAUUGCUUUUUUACCACGCUUUGGUGGAUGUGUUGUUCGUGUAUUGAGAAAUCUAUCUGGUCGUGUUGUUAGGAAUUGUGCCAAAAAAAAAAAAAUGAACCUCGCUGUCUCUCGAUUACAGUACCUAUAGGUACAUAUGAUGAUUGGAUAAGAAUAUUAUACUGUCCGAGUACGCGAGCUUAUAUAAACUCAAGUGUAGAGAUAGGUUUAUUAGGUACCUACGUUGGGAUAUUACCAUCAACAUAUGUUGCCAGAGAGCUGAAUACUGAAUGUUUGAGGAUGUGAUUAUAGCGGCGUCGCGAUUAUCGACUAAAAUUACCACCCAGAUGUAAAAACGGGUUCUCGAGGAAGUAAAACGUUUUCGUUUUCUUCUUUUAUUUUUCGCCUGUGUACUCACCUGUGUAUGUGUGAUUGUGUGAACAGUGAACGCUGAACAGUGUCGAAUGAUCUUGAAAAAAUACGUGUAGAUGGACGCGGUGGGAGGUGUAGGCAUUUUUCCCGCAACGUUACAGAUUCCAGCCUCGAAGGGUAGAGAUGUCUAUAGGGAAUUUAACAGAAACGAACGUGGUCUUUGGUAGAAGGGUGUGUUUCGAUUGUAUGUACUGAGAAGCUCGUCACUUUACUUGAUUAAAAUGCUGAAGGGGGAGGGGGGUCGACAAGCCUGCGAUGAAAAUGUUGAUGGAAGUUCACGUUGGUGGCUGUGAUAAGAUUUUUCAUAUGCUGGUCAUUGGAAAAGUAAUUGAUAAAUUUUAUGUGGUUGGAGGUUUCUCCUGAAUCCAUUUUUGUGGGGCAUUUUGAAAGUGCCACUAAAAGUAAUUUCAAUCGAAAAAUUUUCAAAAAAAAAACUGGGAAAUGAAAGAAUUUUUUGCUGGGGAAGGGGGGGGAUGAAAUUUGACAAUGAACUUUUUUGGUGAAAUUCGAAACAAAAAGAGGACUUUUAGGCAGGCAAGGCAAAUAUCAAUGCUUUUUAGCCGUUUUGUCAAAAAUGACAACCAUUUGAUCACCUAUUUCAUUAAGAAACUAAUUCUUGAGAAUUUUGACGAAAAUACAAAUUCCAACUUUACUUUCUGACAAUUUUGACUUGAAAUGUGAAUUUUUUGACAACUUCGGCAAAAACAGAAUUUUUUUGGGCAAACAAUUUCACCAAAAAUGGGCACUUUUUGACAAUUUUAACAAAAAAUUAUUUUUUUUGAUAAUUUUGGCAAAAAUAGACGCUUUUUUUGUUACAAAAACUUUUGAAAAAAAAAUCUUGCUCAAUUUGGAAGUUGGACAUUGAUAUUUGAUAACUUGAAAAAAAUGCGAUAAAUUGUUGAUAUUAAGUACAAUUAGUGAAGCUUUCAAAAACGAAAAAAAUUACAAAUUUUUGACAUUUUGAGUAACAUUGAAAUGACUUUCAGAUUUUAAGUCUCAAAAAUUUGAAAAAAAAUAUGGAAGUUUCCUAUUAACGAUAUGGCUUAAUUUUCGACAUAUUUUUGCCUGCAACUUUUCCAAAAAUUGGCACUUUUUGCAACUUUGUCAAAAAUUGACAACAUUGUUAAAAAUUUGAGCUUUCUGACAUUUUUUGUCAAAAAUUGACACUUUUUCACAAUUUUUCCAAAAAUUGACAUUUUUGACAACUUUUUGAAAACUAGUCACUUUUUGACAACAUUUCCAAAAAUUGACAUUUUCUGACAACUUUGUCAAAAAUUGAUAUUUUUUGGCAACUUUCCCAAAAAUUGCAUUUUUUUACAACUGUUUCAAAAAUUGACAACUUAUUCAAAAAAUUGAUAUUUUUGACAACUUUUUGAAAAAUUGACACUUUCAGACAACUUUCCAAAAAUUGUGGUUUUUUACAGCUUUUUCAAAAAUUGACACUAUCUGACAACUUUUUGCGUUUUUUUACAACUUUUUCAAAAAUUGACAACUUAUUCAAAAAAUUGACACUUUGACAACUCUUCAAAAAAUUGACAUUUUUUGACAACUUUCCAAAAAUUGACACUUUUUGAAAACUUUUUCAAAAAUUGAUAUUUUUGACAACUUUUUGAAAAAUUGACACUUUCUGACAACUUUUCAAAAAUUGCAUUUUUUUACAGCUUUUUCAAAAAUUGACAACUUAUUUAAAAAAUUGAAACUUUUUGACAACUCUUCAAAAAAUUGACAUUUUUGAAAACUUUCCAAAAAUUGACACUUUUUGACAACUUUUCUAAAAAUUGGCACUUUUUGCAACUUUGUUAAAAAUUGACAUCAUUGUUAAAAAUUGGAGCUUUCUGACAUUUUUUGCCAAAAAUUAACAACUUUUUAAAAAUUGACUCUUUUUGACAACAUUUUCAAAAAUUGACAGCUUUGUUGAGCAUUGGAGCUUAUUCCAAGACUUCAACUUUCAUGUUUUAUCUUAAGCAUUUCGAAAAAUGAGCUUCCUGAAAAAAAUUUAAUUAUUCCUACUUUAAUUAUAGAUAUACCUUGAAAAAUUAGGUAUUUUUAAAUUCAACAUUCAAAAUUUGCUUUAAAAAUGUUAUAAUAAUCUUAUCGAGAGUUGAACUGUUUCAAAAUCGCAGGCUCGUAUUAUGAGAAGGCCACUUGUCCCAUACUUCUUUCUUAUCUCAGCGUGUUUGGAAAUUUCGUAUUGAUAAUGAUAGCAAUGCGGAAGACUGAUAAGUGAUAACCAUCGUACUGCUGAUUCAAAUUUUUUUCUUAAUUUUCAAAUAAAAUUCAAUACUUAACUAAUUAAAAAUUGAUCUUUUCUCGAUCAUUUUUUUUACGAAAUAUUCACAAGGUUUUUUUUUGGUUGAAUUGUAGUCAUUUUACGAUAAAGGUUGACCCAUGCAUUGUUUGUGAAAACUUGGACCUUAGGUCUAUUAAUCAUAAUAUAACUCGUAACUUUUUCCUUGGUGAAAAUGAAAUGGUCGAGUUCUCUCAAGCUAUAGAAGUAAAUUUUAUUACAUAUUUUCAAAAAGUGGGCAAAAAUGGUCGUAUUUUCGAGAAAAAGUUUUCGAAAAUAUGUACCUUGACCUUCCAUCGAUGUUUAUUAGUGAUUAGAAAAAUAGGUAGAUAAGAAUCUCAAAAAUAUUUUCAUCGAAUGUAAUUAAUAGAAAUUUUUGAAAGGAAUUAUAGGAGAAGGCGAGGAAUUUGAGAAAGGUUAAGAAGACGAUAGAUAAGUAGGAAAUAUUUCACAUUUCUCGAGUGUUACGAGAUUUUAACACCAUUUUAUUUGUACAAUAAGUAGAUAUAUAUUUUUUGUAUGGUGACCUUAUGCACGAGUGCCUAAAAUUAAAAUAUCACUGAAAUGCAUUGACGUUGCGUUAGCUGAAGGCGAUUUUAACUCGAUUGCUCAUUAUGCAAAAGUAAAAAUUGAAAAAAAAAGGAUAUACAAAAUGUAUCGUGUAAGGCGAAUACACGCGCGAAUUAUUUCUAUUUUUUAAAUCUUUAUUACCAUUUUUAAUGAAUUUUUUGCAUUAUUGCAUUUCUUUUAUUUUUAUUUUUUUUUAAAUGCAUUUGUACCUGUAAUUUUGUAAUUGGACGGAUAUUUCGUAUAUAUUUGUGUGUUUUUUUUCUCUCAUAUUCACGUAGUUUGUUGUUUAAAUUUGUACGAUACCUACUGAUUAUCUUCUUCUAAAUUUACGUACGUACUUCUUUUCGAACGUCAAAUUGUAGGUCAUUUUUACGUGUAUUCAAUGUACUUUGGACUGAUUCUCUAAAACGUAUAUGUGAGUUUGAUUACAAUAUAUUUACUAUAUAAGGUACCUGAAGCGAACCUGAGUACGUUACUGUGUGUACCUUACCUAUAACUAUUUGUUUGUAUAAAAUGUAUGUUGUAAUUAUGUACACAUUUAUUUGUAUUGUACCUACUAUCGUGUAUGUAUUUAUUUUGUAUGUAUAAAGUGCCUUAUCUGAUUCGAAACUUGCCUUCUCUCAAGUUUACGUCAUAUUUUUUAAGAUUUUUUUUUCUCUGUACUCAAGGUUAACCUAUUUAUCAACUUGUGCGAUUCGUUUUUAGAAAAUUUUUUACUCGUGUACCUAUUUUUUAUUUCAUUUAUUUAUUUUUCUUUUUUUUUUCAAUCGAAUAUUUAUACAUUUCGGAUAAUUAUUGUGUACUGUGUAGUUGUGUAAUAUGGCGAGCUUUGUUUGUUGAAAUUGUUUUUAAAAUUAUAAAAAAUUCUAUUGUGUUCGACUA